GAAAGUGACCUAAUAUCCAGCUACCACUAGUGAGGUCACGGGUUCGAUCGGUUUAUGCAUUCGUUUGAGUAUUUUUAUUUUCUUGCCAGAAACCACCUCAAAUAUAUGGAUAUUUUUCUAUUUCGCCCAGUAAAUUUCUAAAAUAUCAAUUUGGGUCACCUCUCUCUCUCUCUCUCUCUCUCUCUCCUCGUGCAGCCGGAAGAUCCUGCUAAUCGUCAAAUCCAAAGCUGAAAAAAAUCCUCUCUGGUUUUAUGGCUAGUGGAAGAUGAAGUGACCGUAGAGCCUCGUGAAGGGAUUGAAUUCGAAUCCGAGGAUGCGGCCAAGAUGUUUUACGACGACUACUCCAGACGUACAGGGUUCGUAAUGCGUGUGAUGUCUUGCCGGAGAUCGGAGAAAGAUGGAAGAAUACUUGCCCGGAGAUUCGGCUGUAACAAAGAAGGCCAUUGUGUUAGCAUCCGUGGUAAGUUUGGUUCUGUCAGGAAACCAAGACCGAGCACAAGGGAAGGCUGCAAGGCGAUGAUUCAUGUCAAGUUCGACCGGUCCGGCAAAUGGAUCAUAACCAAGUUCGUCAAAGAACAUAACCAUCCGCUCGUGGCUUCACCUCGUGAGGCUCGUCAGACUCUGGACGAGAAGGAUAAGAGGAUUCAAGAACUGACCAUAGAGCUACGAAACAAGAAGCGGUUAUGUGCUGCGUACAAGGAACAGAUAGAUGCGUUCGCGAAGAUCGUUGAAGAACAUAGUAAUCGGAUAGCGAAGAAAGUGGAGUGUGUGGUGAACAAUUUAAAAGAGUUCGAACCUAUAGAGCUCGAGCUAUUGCACAAGUAAACAAGGUUCCCCUCUUAAGUCAAAUAUAAAUGUGUGCUUCUUGUAUAUUCUUUGAGUCGGUUAAGCUUUCUUUACCGCCUUUUCCCGAUCUCGGAUUGCUUUAGUGUAUGUAAUCUUAGAUGUUGAAUCUUAGUUUAUGGAAUGUAAAAUGUGAGAAGAGCUUUGUAACAGUAGAUUAGAAGAAUCACAUUAAGGUUUACAUACAAAACAAGUUUCAGGACAUGAAGUUAAACUGAUAACAAUCUAUUCAAGAACACUAAGAUGAGAAGGUGAAUCUUACAUAAGCCUAGAGCCAGAUUACGAUGUUUUGAUUCAGCAAAGUUAUUUACACAGAAGAAGAAAACAAACAAAUCAAUCGAAUAAACACACACUCUCUCUUUGGCAAACACUAGUUAAAAGAUCAGUUACUGCUGCUAAAGCCACUGCCUUUCAUCAUCUGAAGAAACUCUGUGUAGUUGACUCUACCAUCACCAUCUGCAUCCACUUGCAUAAUCAUCUUCUUGCAACCUUCUUCGGUUUUACCUUGCCUGAGUCCCAAGGAAGCCAUCACCGAUUUCAACUCCUCCACAGUGAUAAACCCAUCUCCGUCCUGGUCAAACACGUUAAACGCGUCUUUCAUGUCCUCUUCCUCUGUUUCUCCGUCGUUGCGAUGCUCGUCGACAAUGGAGCUGUACAGCGACUCGAAUUCCUCUAUGUCGACGCAUCCAUCGCCGUUCGCGUCGAUCUUGUGGAUCAUCUGAGUCAGAUCUUUGUCUGGUACGUAGAUUCCGAGAUUCUCCAGUGAGUCGUUGAGCUCUUCCUUUGUGAUUCGACCGUCUCCGUUCUUGUCGAACAUCUGGAAAACCCGUUUAAGCUCGGACGGAUCUAUUCUCCUCGCCGGCGCGGAAGAAGGUGACGGAGAGGGUAACAUCGACGGCGGUGAGGCUUUGUGGAGAGUUUUGUCGAACCAAGAGAGAGGGAAGAGGCUUCGAAGUUUCUUUGGUACUAAAGAGAGAAGAAAAGAGUUUAAUAGAUUGUAGAGAAGGAAUAUUCUCACCAUAACUGUUGAAUCAAACACUUCUUUUUUUCCGAAAUCUGAUGAAAACAAUAGAGAAGAUCUGAGAAACAGAGCUUUGGUGAUAGAGAAAAACUUGGAGAUUGUUGUUUUUUUAUAGAGGGGAAGACAGAGAAGAGUUUCAGACAAUUAAUUAAAUAAAUAUAUUUUCGGAAAUUUUAUUUUCCUUUUUCACCCCUACAUAACCGUUGAAGGCUUGAAG